AUGCGAAGACGCUUUCAAACAACUGAAAGAGUAUCUCACACCCCACCAAUUCUCGCAAAACCCGAAGAAGGCGAAACCCUACUCUUAUAUAUCGCAAUAUCAAGCACGGCGGUAAGCGGAGUCCUCGUCCGAGAAGAUCGAGGAGAGCAGCAGCCAGUCUUCUAUGUCAGCAAAACCCUCAAUGAUGCCGAGACGCGAUACCCAACCCUAGAAAAGUUGGCGCUCGCAGUAGUCAUAUCGGCACGAAAACUCAGGCCAUAUUUUCAAUCACACUCCAUCGUCGUCUUUACCAGCCAACCACUACGCCAAAUCCUUCACGGCCCCAACCAAUCCGGAAGAAUGGCAAGAUGGGCAAUCGAACUAUCGGAAUACGAUAUUGAGUUCAAAAGCCGGACGAGCGCCAAGUCACAAGUCUAG